GGAAACAGAGGGAGUGUGAAUGUGAGAAACGCCAAACACAGCUCAGAGGAGAAAACAGUCAAAGACGUGGGAACUGGAUAUUGCUCUUGUAAAAUAAACUCUUCGUUGUGGAUCAGUCAAAAUUUAAUCUCUGGAAUUUGCCACAAAAUUCAAAAGGAAGUUCUUGGACUUUAUUGCAUGCACUGGACUCUGGAACAGGAGCGGAGAGAGAAAAACACUGGAAGUCUUUACUAGGUCAUGGACUCUGUUUAAUAGCUCAAAAAUGGAGAGGAAAAUGGGAAAAGGGUGGUGGUGGCUGGGUUUGUGUGUGGUGGGGAUUCUUGCUGCUCCGUGUCGGGGCAGCAGAAACUGUCUGGAAGGGAGCACAAUCAGUGUGAUCCUGCUGUAUGAUGAAGUGUCUCCCUGGAGUCUGAAGUUUGUGCGAGGAGAAAUACUGAAGGCCUUAGAGACGGAUACAAACAUUAAUGCUGCCCAAGAUGUGAAGUUUAAUCUCACUGCGAACUAUGGCGGGUUAAACACGACCUAUUAUCGACAUAAAGGUUGCCAGAGCAGCGCAUGUGAGGGAGUGGAGGAGAUAAAGAACCUGAUGCAGUCAGAAUCCCUGGGAUGUGCUCUGCUUGGGCCCACAUGCACCUUAGCUACUUACCAAAUGUCUGAUGCGGACAAAGGCCUGAAGCUCGGUACGCCCAUCAUCUCGGCUGGAAGCUUUGGUCUCUCCUGCGACUACACGAUCAACCUGCAGCGCCUGCUGCCACCGGCACGCAAGAUUUCUGACUUUUUCAUUCACUUCUGGAGGGACAACAACAACAUCAAACCUGAGUGGAAGACAGCUUAUGUUUACAAGAAGCAGAUUAACAUGGAGGAUUGUUUUUGGUAUAUUCAUGCACUUGAUGCAGGCAAGUUCCCCCUAAAUAUUAGCAGAACAGUGCUGCGCAGACCAGCAGACCUGAUAAGAGAACUGACAUUAUCCAACAGGACGAGCAACUUGUUCAUCAUGUGUGGAACCCCAAUGGAUGUGAUGGAGGUGAAAAAUGGUAGCCCAGAGGCAGACAGCAGUGAUAUUCUCUUUAUCCUUAUUGAUCUGUACAAUGAUCAGUACUACACCAACACAUCAUCAAUGCCGUUCAUGAGGAACGUGUUGGUGCUGACUAUGCCCAACAACAGAAGCUACAUCAUCAACAACAACCUGAAAGACAACAACAUGAUGAAUGACUACAUGGCUGCGUACCAUGACUCAGUGCUGCUGAUAGGCCAGGUGAUGAGGGACCUUAUUCAAAACAAUCAGUCGGAGAUUCAGCAGAUGGAGUAUGUCAAUGUGAAUUACUUCAGAGACAUCUCCUUUAAUGGAAUUGCUGGACACUACAAGUUGGACAAGUAUGGAGACAGAGACGUGAAUCUCUCAGUCAUUUACACUUCUACCGACAACAAGUACCGACUUUUAUUCACAUUCAACACUGAGAACAACUCCACCAAAGUGAAGGAGACGGAUCCUGCCUUCAUCUGGGGAAAAAGACUUCCUAAUUUCAAACCAGAACAAGGCCUGGCAACUCAUGACAUCAUUGUCAUCGUGUUGGCUGUUACAGUGGUUGUGGUGGCCACCAUCGCCUUCAUUUUCUACAGACGGAAUACGGACAAUCUGGAGACGCUGGCCAAUCAGAGCAGACUGGACCUUUUUUUGGGAGGGGAGCUUAAAAAAACACAGACACUAAAAUGGAGUAUCUCUGACAGAGGACAGAACAGGAGAGAACGUCUGAACAGGAAGCGCUGGUCCCACAUCGCCUCUCACCUCAUCACACCGCUGGAAAACAAUGAACUCAAUGUUGUCUCUCUGAAGAUUGAAGAGGUGAGGAAAAACAAAAAAUUCCAGAUCCGCCGUGCGCACUACGAUAAGAAGAUUGUUAUCCUGAAGGAGCUGGAGCACUCAGAUGGGAACUUUAAGGAGGACCAGAUGAUAGAACUUAAUGCGCUCUUGCAAAUCGACUAUUACAACCUCACCAAGUUUUAUGGCACCGUGAAGUUCGAUGAGGGUGUGUUCGGAGUGUUUGAGUACGGCGAGAGGGGGUCACUCAGGUAUGUGCUGAACGACAAGGUUUCGUACCCAGAGGAGACCUUCAUGGACUGGGAGUUCAAGAUUUCUGUCAUGUACGACAUUGCCAAGGGCAUGUCCUAUCUCCACUCCAGCCAAAUCCAGGUGCAUGGUCGCCUCAAGUCUACCAAUUGUGUGAUGGACAAUCGCAUGGUGGUGAAGAUCACAGACUUUGGCUGCAACAGUUUUCUUAGCCCCGGCAGAGACUUGUGGACAGCUCCGGAGCAUCUGAGGAAACAGGGCACCUCUCAGAAAGGAGACGUUUACAGCUUUGCCAUCAUCGCUCACGAGAUUGUUCUCAGAAAGAACACCUUCUAUACUGAGACCUACCACAACCGAGCAGAAAAGCUUGCCAAGGUCAUCAUGUCCUACUUCAGACCUGAUCUUAACUUUGAGACGGCUUCAGAAAAAGAAUUAGAGGUGUACACGUUGAUAAAACACUGUUGGGAUGAGGAUCCAGAAAAAAGACCUGACUUCAAGAAGAUAGAAAACUGUCUGGGGAAAAUCAUCAGUAAAAUUCAUAACCAGGACAAUGAGAGCUACAUGGACAACAUGAUCAGACGGCUACAGAUGUAUUCUAGAAACCUGGAGCACCUGGUGGAGGAGAGAACGGUCCUCUACAAAGCUGAGAGGGACAGAGCAGACUGCCUCAACUUCAUGCUGCUUCCCCGCCCAGUUGUGAAAAGCCUGAAGGAGACUGGUGUGGUGGAGCCAGAGCUGUACGAGGAAGUGACAAUAUACUUCAGUGACAUCGUUGGUUUCACCACUCUGUGCCAGUACAGCACACCGAUGGAAGUUGUGGACAUGCUCAACGACAUCUACAAAGGCUUCGAUGGCAUUGUUGACCACCACGAUGUAUACAAGGUGGAGACGAUUGGUGACGCCUACAUGGUGGCCUCUGGGCUUCCGAACAGAAAUGGGAACAGGCACGCAGUGGACAUCUGCCGCAUGGCGCUGGACAUCUUGGCAUUCAUGGGUACCUUCCAGCUCAGACACCUGCCUGGUAUCCCUGUGUGGAUACGCAUCGGUGUUCACUCAGGUCUGUGUGCAGCAGGUGUCGUGGGGAUAAAGAUGCCCAGAUAUUGUUUAUUUGGAGACACAGUCAACACUGCGUCUCGUAUGGAGUCUACAGGACACCCCCUGCGGAUCCACGUCAGUCAGCCUACUAUAAAUAUCCUGCAGAGGACAGACUGCAAGUUUGAGUAUGAGCUCAGAGGAGAAACAUAUCUGAAGGGUAAAGGCACAGAGACAACCUACUGGUUAACGGGUGAGAAGGGCGAAGACUAUGACCUCCCAACUCCACCCACAACGGAGAACUUCCAGCGGCUCCAACAGGACCUCGCCCACAUGAUCGUGGAGUGUCUGGAGCGGCGCUCUCGAGGCUCUGUGCGGAGGAAGAAGCCGCUCUUGAGUCAGAGCAGGGAGGAUGACAAGGAGCAGGAAUCAGGGGUGGAGUCUGAGAGUGACCAGCUUGAGUACCUGCAUCUGGCCACUGUGGAUAACACCCUCAGUACAUUCCUCUAGUACACGCCUACUGUUGAAUACAUCGCUGACACAAUCUGUAUGUAUGUGAUUACACUAUGCAGUAAGAGAGGGAGGAUAACCAGAAGACAAGAAGGGAAGUAUAUGCAUUACAACAGUAUAACAGUAUAACAACAAGCAGAGAUGUAAAGACUAGUUGGUCAGUUCCAUUUUGUUAAGGCUAAACUGAAGCUAUGAUCAGCAUCAAUGUCUAGACUACAACUUAAUAAUGUUCUUGUAUAUAUCAACGUGUCUCCUGCAUUUUCUUGUGAGGUUCAUUAAUUCAUUUAAAUAUGUAAUUCAUUUGCUGUUUAGUGUAAACAUGGGUCAUAUGCAGCUAAAAGAUAUUGCAGUUAUUAAUUCCCAGUGCUUAAUAUGUAUGUCAUUGUGGAGGAAACUGGUUUGUGCAUCACUGCUGUUAAGCAGGGUGAUAUGAAGGAAUUAACAGGAGCAUAAAAACUAAAAAAAAAAGCAAAGCUAUGGAUGUAGCUUUAUUGUGUCAGGUGUGAAGCAACUCAACAUAAUUGCAAUGAAAGUGUGAAUUUGUGACCUAGUAACCUAUUAGAUCUGGUAUAAAUCUAUAGACUGAAUCACAUUUGUUUACAGUAACUUCCUUGUUUCACAUACAUUAAAAUAUGGUGCUGAGCAGACGCUGCCUCAAUUGGAUAGUCUUAGGCCACCUAAAAAAAGCCUAACCCUAAAAACAAUCAGUAUGAGUUAAAGUGUUCGCUGUGUUUAAAUGUUUUUACGGCUUUACUUCCCCACCAGACAACCCUUUCCAAUGGGAGACUGAAGUGGUUAUAUCAGAGCCACCAAACUCCACUGACACACAACAGUCAUUUUACUUCACAGAACACGGGAGUUGCCAGUCUACCGCUGUCUGGAUUUGUAGUGUGUAAGGUAAAGCUGUGAAAAAUAUUCCAAAUAUAAUGUUCACCUUAACUGAUAAUGAUUUUUUUAGGUUGCUACAUUGUUUCGCUUCUGUGCUGGUAAAUUUGAUUUGUCAAAGAUGAUAGCAAUUUACUUAGUUCAUAAAAUAGGCACAGCAGAAGUGUCAGAUAGGUCUGAUCACAGUGUUUAACUAUAUAUAUCUUUAAACGUUAGUUACAGCUGAAAAUCACAACAGAAAUAAUCAUAUGUAUGCUUUAAGCAGGAUCAGCCAAUGAGACAAAAGGAUUUAACUUUUAUCUGCCAUAUUGUUCAUUCUUAAAAAUGUCCUGACAUUUUACUGAGUGAUGUUAUUUUGAUUGAAAGUGUUUUUAAAUUCAUUUUGUUUGUGUAAAAUUUCUAAUAUGUUGAAAUGGAGCAAUGCCAUUAUUCUUGUACUGGUUAUUUUCUAUUCAUAUAUUUUUUUACCCAAAUGACAACUGCUUUGACCGCAGCUGCAUCGAGUGCUGGCAACCACAGAUUGAUGUGAGGUGGUUAAGGACAGUGGUUCCCAACUGUUGGGUCACGGUCCAAAAGUGGGUCGUAGGUCCAUUCUGAAUGGACCUCAAGUGACAAGAUUGUAAAAAACACACUUGAUUUUGAAGUACUGUGAAUUUUUUAGCACAGAGCUUUUAUUUUGGAAGUGCUGUUUCAUGUAGGGAGUAACUAACAGACAGCUACGUCACAGAGACAGCAAACUAGCUUGAUGACAUGUCCAAACGCAACUAUGACGCUGAAUGUUGGGAAGCACUGGUUUAGGAGAUAAUUGCUGUCAUGGCUGUACUUUAUAACCAGCUUUGUUAUUUCGUCAUUUUCAAACUAAAUACCAGGGUAUACUGACAUGUGGACUCAUAAUGAGCAUGUCACGGUUGUAACAUCUGCCUUGGCGGAAAAAAAAAUAAAUUCAAAUCUGUAUUUUAAACCAAAGGACAAAGAUUUUAUUUUGUUGAGAAUGGUGACAUUCAUUUACAUUAAAUAAAAAAAUCACUUUCUGUCACAUCUGUUGAAAAUGCUGUAUAUUGUUCAGGUGAAAUACAGAAAUGAAAACAGCGUUUCUCGAAGCCUGUACAGGUUCAUCUGAGGCGUUACAAUGCAUGUGUCACAUUGUUUGACAUAUACAGACACUGAGUAUGGACAGCAGAAGGAAAAAAACUCCAGCAUCAGAUUAAAAUGUUUUUCUAUCCACAGCUGCCUGACAGAUGUUUGUUUUUUGCACGGAAUAAUGAAAAGUACUGCCAAGUAGACUUUUACACAUCUAACACUAUGUGAAAACACACUCUACUGUACAGCAGAAACAAUUCAACACGUAGUGUACAA